AUGUCUAACAACAUCUCUGAUCGUAUCUCUAACACUGCCAACUCGUACAUCGGAGGCGCCAAGCAGACUGUCGGAGAGACUAUCGGAAACAAUAGCCUCGCAGCCUCAGGAGCCGAGCAGAGAGCCGGAGCUGAGGCUCGUCAAGCUGCAGCCGAUGCCAAGACACAUGCUGAGGGAGCAGGCCACACAGCCCAAGGCAAGGUCCAACAGACUGUUGGAUCACUGACAGGCAACACAUCGAUGGAGGCUCGCGGUCAUGCCAACGAAGUCAAAGGCGAUCUCGAACGCAAGUCGCGCUAUCCAGAAUGUCUUUUUUGGUAG